AUGCAGGCGCAAUUUCCACCGACGUUGGCGACACAGAGAGCAUUGAAGAGCUGCAGUUCUCACAGCUCUCGCUGGGCGAUGCACACAGCCAAGUGUACAGCAGCGUCGGAAUCCGAUCAAGAGGAAGAGCCGGGCAAGCAGCCCGAUCACGCGUGCUCGUACUGCGGGAUCCACAACGAAAACAGCGUGGCCAAAUGCCUGUCGUGCAAGCGGUGGUUCUGCAACUCGACAGGGAAUUCAUCGAGCGCGCAUAUAAUCUGGCACUUGGUGAGCGCCCACCACAAGGAGGUGCAGCUGCAUCCAGACAGCCCGCUGGGCGACCAGACGCUCGAAUGCUACAACUGUGGUGUGCGCAAUGUGUUCUCGCUGGGCUUUAUCCCGGCAAAGAGCGACACAGUGGUGGUGAUUCUGUGCCGCCCGUGCGCAUCGGCGCCCUCGUCCAAGGACGCGCUGUGGGACCCAAGCCAGUGGCAGACGCUGAUCCACGACAGGAAGUUUGUAAGCUGGCUCAUCAAAGUGCCCUCAACCAAGGAGCAGAUUGCAGCAAAGGCAGUGUCGGCCCAGCAAAUCCGCCAUCUGGAGGAUGUCUGGACUGGCAAUUCGUCAGCAACGCUGGGCAGCGCCGAUGCGGACGAUGCGGAUGUGCAAAAGGUCUUGCUCAGAUACGAGGACGCCUACCAGUACCAGAAUAUAUUUGGCCCGCUGGUCAAGAUCGAAGCCGACUACGACAGGCGCGCCAAGGAGGCGCAGACGGAAGACGGCAUUGCGGUGCGCUGGGCGGACGGGUUGAACCGUCGCAACUGGCGUACUUUCAGCUGCCAAAGUACGAGCUUGGUGAG